AUGACUUUCCGUUUAUAUUUUUUUCUGAAUCUUGUUUAUAGUGGAUUGGUUUACAUAAAAUUUUGGUUCAAUUUCCUUUUGGGACAAAUUAUUUUUCAAAGGCCCAAAAUUUGCCUAACCUCGAUUCAAAAUAUUGCUUUAUUGAAAGCAAAGCAAAAUUUUGUUAAAAUAUAA